UCUAUUACCGCUGCAUGCCCAUGGCACUAAAGGUCAUAUUGAACAUGGCUGCCAAGUUUCCUGAGCUCAAAGCCAAGGCACAGUUACCACGCUGCACUUGUGAUCCUGCCUACAUCUUGUCACUUGGUCCUACUCCUACUCCUAGGUAUACAUCUUCAUUUUCAUACAUGAAGCAGCUUCAAAGUAGAGGAAGCAGACGUCGCCGGCAACCGGGAGGGAUGUCUUCCCCCGUGGUUCUGCUUCACCUCCGCCGGUUGGAUCGCUUCCUCAAGCACCAGGGCCUCCACAGCACCGCCCACACGCUUGAGAGGGAGUCCAUGGUGUACUUGGACGCCGCGCAUCUGCAAAAGCUGGUGAAGGGUGGGCAGUGGGAAGCCGCCGGAACCUACGUGGAAGGAUUCUCACCCCUCUGGGAGGGGGAGGGCACUGCCCAGAAAUACACAUCCUUCAUGCACAACAUGGAGCACCACGCCAUGCUUGCUUACCUCGCCUGCCGCGGCGAGGAAGGUGGCCGCGCCGCUAGCUCGCUUUACUGCCACAAUGAUGAUGCCUUCCGCAAAAAGUUCCCCGAGGUUGCGGAGCUCCACGACCUGUAUCGCUCCAUGGCCUCUGCACAAGCCAGGGCAUCCGUGAACUGGGAGGACAUAAAGCUCAAAACCUUGGAGGAACUGCAGGAGUUGCUUCAUCUUCAUCCUGACGUCAAAUGCAGCUUGCGAAUGCGAGAGCUGCAGUGCACACCCACUGCAUCAGAAAUAACCCCACUUGGUUUGCGGGGGUCUUGGAGGCGUCGAAGGAAGAGAGUGGAGCGCAAACCAGCAUGUGAACUCGCACGUUUCCUUCUACAGAAGAAGAAGAGGCUUCCCUCCAGUCAGCAGACAAAUCAGCCCGGUGACUCAGGUACGAAGCAUUCAAGACCUUUUGAUGCUUGUUUUCCCGAAGAUUUUCAGCAAGCUUUUUGAUUCACAAAAGGGUAUCAAAGAGGCUACGGACAACCAGAGAGUUCGCUGAAGUAAGCCCUAUGUGAUGCCUGCAUGUGUAACUUUGAAAACCUGAAUGAAUAGGGAUACAAGAUGCAUCCGUCUUGUAUCUGUAGUUCUAUCUAUGGUUUCUAUACUUAAUAUUUGUAUUGGUGGAAAACCUGUUCUUUUCUUAAUCGAUCAGUGUGUUCAUCGUAGAAUUAUACAAGAGUUCUAAUUUGGACUUGC